AUGCUAACGCUAAGCAGCCGGACGGUCGGUUCUCCUGCGGCAGAGACGGAGCGGACAGCGGUCAGUCAGGAUGCCUUUCUCCGAGCUAUAUUUUAACGUCGAUAAUGGCUACCUGGAGGGACUGGUGAGAGGCUUCAAAGCCGGAAUCUUGUCCCAGGCGGAUUAUUUAAACCUCGUUCAGUGUGAGACGCUGGAAGACCUGAAGCUCCACCUGCAGAGCACAGACUAUGGCAGCUUCCUGGCCAACGAAGCGUCUCCUCUCACCGUGUCCGUCAUCGACGACAAGCUGAAGGAGAAGAUGGUGGUGGAGUUUCGCCACAUGAGGAACCAGUCGUACGAGCCGUUGGCCAGCUUCAUGGACUUUAUCACGUACAGCUACAUGAUCGAUAACGUCAUCCUGCUGAUCACCGGCACUCUGCACCAGCGAGCCAUCUCCGAGCUGGUGCCCAAGUGUCACCCGCUGGGCAGCUUCGAGCAGAUGGAGGCGGUCAACAUCGCCCAGACCCCCGCCGAGCUCUACAACGCCAUCCUGGUGGACACGCCCCUGGCCGCCUUCUUCCAGGACUGUAUAUCUGAGCAGGACUUGGACGAAAUGAACAUUGAAAUCAUUCGUAACACACUUUACAAGGCUUAUUUGGAGGCUUUUUAUAAGUUCUGCUCCAACUUGGGAGGAACGACGGCCGACACCAUGUGUCCCAUUCUGGAGUUCGAGGCCGACAGACGAGCCUUCAUCAUCACCAUCAACUCGUUCGGCACAGAGCUGUCCAAGGAGGAUCGUGCCAAGCUCUUCCCCCACUGCGGCAAGCUUUACCCAGAAGGCCUUGCGCAGCUGGCCCGUGCAGAUGACUACGAGCAAGUCAAGGCCGUCGCUGAUUUCUAUCCUGAGUACAAGCUGCUGUUUGAAGGCGCCGGCAGCAACCCGGGAGAUAAAACGCUGGAGGACCGUUUCUUUGAGCACGAGGUGAAGCUGAACAAGCUGGCCUUCCUCAACCAGUUCCACUUCAGCGUCUUCUACGCCUACGUCAAGCUGAAGGAACAAGAGUGCAGGAACAUCGUCUGGAUCGCCGAGUGCAUCGCCCAGCGGCACCGCGCCAAAAUCGACAACUACAUUCCCAUCUUUUAACCUCCUCCUCCUCCUCCUCUCGGCCUCCUCUUCCUCUCCCCGUCAUCAUUUCAUUCACUCUUUAGUCUUCGGUCGCGGCUCGGUGUUGAAGACUCUGAUGGUUUCGUGCUAAAUUCCCUCCAUUCUUCACUCGUAGGUGUAAAUUGAUUCUCGACAACAGAAUUUCUUGUUGUUCCAAAGUAAAAACAGCUAAAAUCCAGCUUUUAACCGGAGAACGAUCAGGUGAUCUGUGUUCAGCAAAGGAGCCUGCUGCUCGUUUUAACCCAUUUGACUUUCAAACACUUGUUUGUGUUUGUCCAAACUUCUCCAGCUCAUUGUGUUGUUAGAGCGACGCGCCCUGUUCGCCCGACGCAUCAGCUGCACACCACCAUAAAUAAACCACAGGAAGAAUUUGCAAUUUACUCAGACUAUAGAAAGAAAAGCUUUGGGUUUAUUUUUCUGCAGAAGUCUGAGCAGCAAACACCGACGCAGCUGCAGUGCGUUUCAGAUCCAGUUAAAAAGAUCAAAAUCCCAAAUCUGAACCUCGCGUGACCCUCGGUCUGUCCAGCUCCACGCAGACAGACGUGAAACAUUCCUCUGCUCGGCCGCCGUCAGGCUCUGUAAACCUGUAUUUAUUCCUGUUUUUAGUGCUAGCGUUGGUCAGCAUGUCUGGUGAUUUUACUGUGGGUUCCCUUUCAAAAAAACUAAUGAGUGAAACGUGUGAGUCCCUCCUGAUUUCUCGUCUCCAUAGUUUGUUGUUUAAUAUUAAAAACUCAACAGGAGCUUGCGGUCUUCUCUGCUCCUGGAACUUAGUGGAAUGAGGCAAAAUCUCGUGGGCGUAAGACGAACGUGAUGUUUAAAGUAUACAAAGAGAUAUAGAUAUUUAAAGAUGACUCUAUGAUUUUGUUUUCUCAUGCUGUACAAAUUGAUUUAUUACCGUUUUGAUCUGUUGUUUGUGAAAUGUGUACUGUAAAUGUGAGGAAAAAUAAACAGACUAAACUGCACUAAAGCAGGUCUGAAGGAA